UUCCACCGAUGUCCUGUUCUACCAUGUGACCUGCAGGUAUUUAGAAUUCUGCAGCUAUGGCAACCAGCGAUGCAGAACGAACUCUCCCGUCGUCAGACUAUUUUUACCAGUCCAGAUACGGGCUGCUAAUGUUCAGUCCUGUGUAGGGACAGGGACUGUGCAACUGACAUAUCUGCUGGCACUGAACGCCGCCUUGCAAUGUAACAUUACAGCAGCUUCCAUAGACUUCAAGGAGAAGCAUUCCCUCCAUGAUUGAUGACAACUCCCAAUGCAGGAGUUACAGUGUGGCAGACCUUUUAGAAAAAUACUGAAGUUACUGCUUCACCAGGAGAAAGCCUGCUGGGAAAGAAAGGAGGAGGAUCAUGAAUCAGAGGUUUUUGCUUUAAAGUUCAAGUGUUUUGCAUUGCUGGUCAUUGACAAACAGCAUUGCAUGACAAAUCAGCAUUCCCAGCAGAGCAAACGCAUCCAGGCACUGAAGGACAUUGCCCCCCAUGCCCAACAAGAGCUGAACUCCACCCAGUCAAGGGCAAAGGGUGAGGAGUUGAAAGUCCUUCAUUUGGAGGCGGGGCUACGCAAGCAAGUUACCUAGUUCCACAUCAACCAGGAAGCCAUGACAGCCAAGCUGGCCAAUGAAGAUGCCCAGAAUCAACAGCUGCGUCAGCGUUUGGCCAUCCUCAGCCAACAACUAGACAAGCUGGAUGGGACCAGGGGUGCCCUUCAGAGGGCUGAGGAGGAACUGCAAGAGCUGAGGGACAGGCUAAGUCACAGGGGAGACCGGUGUGCAACAAGCCCUGGCUUGCUGUCAGAGGUGGAACAGCUGAGGAAGAGGGUGGUGGAGAUGGAAGGAAAAGACGAGGAACUGGUCCGCAUGGGAGACCAAUGCCGGGACCUGGACCGCAAACUGGGGAGGGAGUCUAGCCAAAGCCGCAGCCUGAAGGCAGAGGUGGACAAGCUUAACGGCCGGAUCAGCGACCUGGACAGACUGGAAGAGGCUCUGGGAAAAAGCAAGAGGGAGUGCGACGCUCUGCAGGGCAGCCUAGAUAAGGAGAGGGCUAGCAUUAAGCAGCUGUCUGCAGAGCUGGAAACCCUCAGGCAGCGGGUGAGGGAACUGGAAGCCAAUGAAGGCCAGAUGGAAAGAUCAGAGCUGGCCUUGAGACAGGACUUUGCCAAACUGAGAACACUCACAGUGGUGCUGGUCGAAGAGAGGAAAAACAUGGCAGAGAGACUGAGGCGGACAGAGGAGAAACUUCAAGAGAAGACAGACAAUCUACAACUGGGGGAGCGUCACAGUAUGUCAACAGCCACAGAUAAACUAACUGAGGAGAGCCACAGUGCUCUGAGGUCUAAAGCAGAGCUGGAGGAAAGGAUUCAGAGUGUGGCUAAAGAACGGGACGAGUUAAGGUCGAGGCUGAGGAUGGAGGAGGAUAAAACCAGAGAUUUGCAGAGUAGAGUUACCACCAUGAAAAAAGGGAUUGAGGUCAUAGAGGUCAAAAGGGGGGAAUUCAGUCAGGAAAUGAAGAGCCCCCUUUUGGUCAAAACUAAUCACUGUUACCAACAGGAUGACAACAAAGUAAAAGAACUCACCCAGGAGGUAGCUAGACUGAGAAGAAGACUAAUGCAGAAGGGAGUGGUGGAGAGUGAGCUGAUGAAGGCAGAGGAAGACUUUGAGUCCCUGAAGAAGAGGUGGUCCAAGGAGCACGAAAGAGCCAGGGCCCUGGCAGAUGAGCUGGAGGAGUCCAAGAGGGAACUAUCCAAGUACCAGCAGGGAGAGAAAGAAAACAACCAGGAGCACCAACUUCUCAGGAGACUCCAGGAAGAGCAGGUCAAGGCUGUCCUCCUUAGAAGGGAGGUGGAGGCUCUCAAAGAGAAGGUACAGAAGCUUAUGGUAACAGAGGAGUCCCUCUGUCGUGUGCAGAUGGACAGUUCCACCCUGAAGAAGCGCCUGACCCAGCAGGAGGUUAAGAACAGAGAGCUUGCCAGGGAGAUGCAAGGACUGACCCAUGAGGUGGAGAGGUACAGACAAUUCAGCAAGAGCCUCCGGCCAGGCAUAACUGGAAGACGCUUCUCAGACCUCCUCCUGUCUACUAAGGAGGUGCAGACAGAGCCCACAUACACCCUCCCAAACAACAUGGGUUUGGCUCCGCUGGAGCUCGGCAGUAGACUCCAUGAGCAGAUCGAUGGAGAGGAUCCAAAGCAAAACAAGAAUUGCGUCCCCAAUCAGUGCUACUCAACAACACUGAACAACACUGAAAGCUUGGAUCACCAAAACAACGUGAGGUGCAUCAGAAUACCUUCACCCACAGAGAAGGACAAUCAGCCUCCCAUUAAAGGCAACCUGUUGAAGGAAAAAGGGGAGGUGAUGCUUGCACGUGCAGCCGGGCAGCCCUUACACAUCAAGGUGACACCUGAACAUGGGCUUAACACAGCCACACUUGAGAUCAGUAGCUCAUCUGCUGACAACGCCACAUCAUACACCAGCACCGCGGUCAUCCCCACCAGCGGAGCCUCACCAAAACAGAGAAUCACCAUUAUCCCGAACGCAGCCAUCUCCCCAGUGGCCAGAUCAAAGCACUCCCCAUGCUCAGAGCCGGUCUCCCCACCCGGCAUGACUCCCACCAUGGUCCUACCGCCAGACUCUUCCGGAUCAGUGUCACCUGACCUCACAGGCUCACCUAUCCAGAUGGUAACCGUCAGUACUGGAUCACUGGAAAGCACAGAAGUCAUACGCCAAGCCGUGUUCCGGGUGGGUCCGGAAAAGCAAAACAGCUGUCAGAUCACGAGGUCCAAUUGCACUGGUCCCAGCAUCAUCACAACAGAGGACAAUAAGAUUCACAUCCACCUUGGGAGCCCCUGUAUCCAGUCCAUCAGUGGUAUAACCCAGAACCAGUCUAUUGGAACAUGCCACACCCCUAAGGGAGGGGCAAGGACACCGGUGAUUACCAAUGGUUGCCAUGUCAAAGGCAGCAGCAAGAUCACCAGUAGCAUCACCAUCACCCCUGCCAAAACCGCUAUCACACGACAGUCACAUAUUACAGUUCCAGUGGAAGAGUUUCGGAAGCCCGGCACCACUAGGAUCCCAAAACCUCAAGGCUAUGGCACCCCAAGAGGGACAAACAGCACUGCUAACACAGGACAGAACAAAGGACAGCAGCCUUGCUCUAAACUCUGGGGAAAACACUGAAUGUUCAGACAGAGAUUCUGAGCAACGCAACAGUUACAGAUGUGAUCUAUUUAGUGGAAAUGGUUCAGUGCAUUUCAGACAGAAAUGGGGUUUGGAGUUUCAGGCUGGAUAAAAGGAUUUUGUGACAAAUACUGCUGUACACUGCUUUAAAAUUCAAAAACACUACAGAUGCCAAAAUCAUUGAGGCCAAAUGCUUCCAAAUGCUGUGUAAAUUAAUAAGGCAUUUUAUGCCACUGUGUGCAACUGUUUAUCUGUCAAUUUUCUGUUCUACUGAAAUGUAUGUUCCUAAAACGUCUUCUAGAGAUCUCAAAUUAAAUUCUGGACCUAAACUCUCUAAUGACUUAUUUAGACCUGGGACAGCAAGUAGUUGCAAUUAAUGACGAGGGACAACAUAAAACCAGCAGGAUCCAGACCUAGUAGGGAAGGAUUUGAAUAACCUUGAUGGAAUGAGAAAACCAGCAUCACUGUACUACCCUCUAGUGGUCAAUGACGUGAAAGCACCGUAACAGAGAUAUUGGUAAAGACCUGUUAGCGGAAAGAAAUACACAAUGUCCCUGUCAGAAACGACUAUGUCCUCAAAGGGAGAACGUUCGCAUUUGUACAUGUACGUAGUUCAAAUGACAGUAAUAAAAAUUAAAAAUAAUCACGGGAGAACACUAUUUUCUGCGUUACAGGUCUAGAAACGAGUAUAACUUCAACUACCACAAUACACUUCGGUCAGGUAAUCGAGUUCCUUCAUUUUUUUAAAACAUUCGGAAACACACGUGGAUGAGACACGUUGUAUUGGUAAACUUGAUUAAUCUUAUGAAAACACAGCUGGUUUGCUACAUGAAAUACAGAAGCCUGCAGUCAGGACAGAGCAGCAAUAGCUUCGUGUAGCUCGUAUUAAGAGCUUCCUAACAUGGACAGAAUAGCCAAGCGUGGGAGUAUCGUUUGCAAACUAGCUAGCAAGCACUCGUAAGAACACUGAGCGCCAUGAUGGGCCGGUAAUUUGCUCAACCAAAGGCACACCGAUAUAACCAGCUUCUAUAAAAAAAAGUACAAUUUACCUGUAGUGUCCCUUUGUUCCCACCAAUCAUUGCCUAAAUCGUCUCCCAUCUUCAAAUCCAAAACUACCGCUGGUUGCCUGUGACUUCUGGUUGUUCACAAUCACAUGACUCUGACAUUACGAACUGUUUAACCGGAAGUGUAAGUUAAACAUUGUGGAUAAGCAACAAUACCAAACAAUUUAAAGCAACUAUACAUCGAAAGACCCCUAAGCAAAAGUCACCUAUUACUGUUUCAUGCGAAAAUUAUAGAAAAACAACAAACGUUUCAAGAAGGACUAAGAAAGAAUUUCUGGGCCGCUGAGAAACAAUAUGUGACAUUUCGAUUUGUAACGUAACUCAAACAAGAGGACUUUAACAAAUGCGUGGAGAGUCAUCCGAAUUGCCUGCCUAAAUGUAAAUACAAACGUAGGCUUGCGAGACCAUUCACAGUGAAUAUGUUUAGGUAUCACACUAUGAGGAGGCAGCACGUUUAUUCCUAUUCUAUUCGGUUUAUUUGUUUUUGCAAAAUAUUUGAAAUUGUAAUAAUAUGUUAUACAUAGCUCUUUGCCUUUGGAUAUUGGAAUGUGCAAUAUAUGGUAAAUAUUUUUUUGUUCACUCAUUUAAAUACUGCUAUCAAGA